GAGGGAGGCAGGCAGGGAGGCAGGCAGGCAGGCAGGCAGGCAGGCAGGCAGGCAGGGAGGGAGGUGGGCGUCCGACGCGUGUGAGCAGCGUCAAGUCGAAGCUCGUCUCGGCCGAGCUCGGCGUCCGCUCUCCCCGCAGAGGAGCUCCAGCGAGAGGCAGGAGAGCUCAUGGAGGAUGUUGGCCAUGACAGCCGCAGCCCUGCCUGGGAGGAGCUGGAUCCCGAUAAGGGUCCCGGGUCCGCGCCGACGCUCCAUCACCCCCAUGUGGUGGGGGCCGUCUCGGUGUCCGCCGGUGCCGACGAGUCUUCAGACAGCGAGGUGGAGCAGGAGGGUCCCCAGAAACUCAUCCGGAAGGUGUCCACCUCGGGACAGAUCAGGAGCAAGACGAGCGUAAAGGAAGGAUUGUUGCUGAAGCAAACCAGCUCCUUCCAGCGGUGGAAGAAGCGAUACUUCAAGCUGAGAGGCCGAACUCUUUACUACGCCAAAGACGCCAAGUCUCUCAUCUUUGACGAGGUGGACCUCGCGGACGCCAGCGUUGCGGAGUCCAGUACCAAGAACGUCAACAACAGCUUCACGGUGAUCACCCCUUUCCGUCGGCUCAUCCUCUGUGCCGAGAACCGCAAAGAGAUGGAGGACUGGAUCAGUUCGCUCAAGUCCGUCCAGUCCAGAGAGCAUUUCGAGACGGCUCAGUUUAAUGUGGAACAUUUCUCAGGGAUGCACAACUGGUACGCCUGCUCGCACGCACGUCCCACCUUUUGCAACGUCUGCAAAGAUAGCUUGUCGGGCGUCACCUCUCACGGCCUCUCCUGCGAAGUCUGCAAGUUCAAGGCCCACAAACGCUGCGCCGUUCGAGCCACCAACAACUGCAAAUGGACCACGCUGGCCUCCGUCGGCAAGGACAUCAUCGAGGACGAGGACGGGAUCGCGAUGCCUCACCAGUGGCUGGAGGGCAACCUGCCCGUCAGCGCCAAGUGCGCCGUGUGCGACAAGACAUGCGGAAGUGUGUUGCGGCUGCAGGACUGGCGCUGCCUCUGGUGCAAAGCCAUGGUGCACACGGCCUGCAUGGACGUGUACUCCCGCAAGUGUCCACUCGGUCAGUGCAAAGUCUCCAUCAUCCCCCCGACGGCCCUCAACAGCAUCGACUCGGACGGCUUCUGGAAGGCCACCUGCCCCCCGUCCUGCGCCAGUCCCCUGCUGGUCUUCGUCAACUCCAAAAGCGGGGACAACCAAGGAGUCAAGUUCCUGCGGCGCUUCAAGCAGCUGCUCAACCCGGCGCAAGUCUUCGACCUGGUCAACGCCGGCCCCCACCUCGGUCUGCGCCUGUUUCACAAGUUUGACAACUUCCGAAUCCUGGUGUGCGGAGGCGACGGCAGCGUGGGCUGGGUGCUGUCGGAGAUCGACAAACUCAACCUCCACAAGCAGUGCCAGCUGGGGGUGCUGCCGCUGGGCACGGGCAACGACCUGGCGCGCGUGCUGGGCUGGGGCCCGUCGUGCGACGACGACACGCAGCUGCCGCAGACCCUGGAGAAGUUAGAGCGCGCCAGCACCAAGAUGCUGGACCGCUGGAGCAUCAUGACCUACGAGAUCAAGAUCCCGCCCCGGCACGGCCGUCCCGACGCGCCCGACGGCCGGCAGGUAGGGCCCGGCCAGUUCCGACGGGCCGACGAAAGCCGCGCUAACCGCCGUGUACGUUGGCUCCAGUUUGACCUUUCGGCCUACGAAGAUUCGGUGGCAUCUCAUCUCGCCAAGAUCCUCAAGUCGGAGCAGCGCUCUGUGGUCGUCUCCUCUGCAAAGAAUCUGUGCCAAACGGUGAAGGAUUUUGUCAGCAAAGUGGAGAAAGCCUACGAAAAGAGCGGCGAGAGUGCCGAGGCGUGCGACAGCGUGUCUCUGAAGUGCGCCGUCCUCAACGAGAAACUGGACUCCCUCCUCCGAGCGCUCGACACGGAAAGCCGGGCGCUGCCGCCGCCGCCCCUGGCCGCUCCUCCUAUUGUGGAGGAGGAGGAGGAGGAGGAGGAGCAGCGAGGCGAUGAGGAGGUUGCCAGCGAGGAGAGCCUGACCGAGUUGAAGGAGAAGAUGGAAGAGGAGGAGACGGAGAAAGGCGGCGACGGCGAUGGCGCUCUGAAAAGUCGCCAGCAGCUGACGCUGAGGGCCGACAGUCUGAAGAAAGCCUUGCGGCAGAUCGUCCGGCAGGCCGAGACAGUGGUGGACGAGCAGAACGCCAACACGGACGAGUCGGAGCCGACGUCCCCGCUGGAGUCGCGCAAGGACAGCGAGGACGAGAACCGUGACAGCGAAAAGGACGAGGACACCAAGGAGCUGGAAGCGCUGGCGCAGAGGCGAGGAAGUCGCAGCACGCAGUCGCACGCCUCCUUCAGCAUCACGCCGUUCACCACCAGCAAGGAGAACCUGCCCGUGCUCAACACGCGCAUCAUCUGUCCCGGACUGAGGGCCGGUCUGGCGGCCUCCAUCGCAGGAAGUUCCAUCAUCAGCAAGAUGCUGCUGGCCAACAUCGACCCCUUGGGUGCCACCUCCUUCAUCGACCCAGACCUGGACUCCCUCGACGGCUACGUGGAGAAAUGUGUGAUGAACAACUACUUUGGCAUCGGACUGGAUGCCAAGAUCUCCUUGGAGUUCAACAACAAGAGAGAGGAACAUCCAGAAAAAUGCAGGAGUCGCACCAAGAACAUGAUGUGGUACGGCGUCUUGGGAACCAAGGAGCUCCUCCAGAGGACCUACAAGAACCUGGAACAGAAGGUCCAGCUGGAGUGCGACGGCCAGUACAUCCCCCUGCCCAGUCUGCAGGGGAUCGCCGUCUUGAACAUCCCCAGCUACGCCGGAGGGACCAACUUCUGGGGCGGAACCAAGGAGGAUGACAUUUUCUGUGCUCCGUCGUUUGACGACAAGAUCCUGGAGGUGGUGGCGGUCUUCGGGAGCAUGCAGAUGGCGGUUUCGCGGGUCAUCAAGCUGCAGCACCACCGCAUCGCGCAGUGCCGAACAGUGAAGAUCACCAUCCUGGGCGACGAGGGCGUUCCCGUCCAGGUGGACGGCGAAGCGUGGAUCCAGCCGCCCGGCCUCAUCAAAAUCCAGCACAAGAACCGAGCGCAGAUGCUGACUCGAGACCGGGCCUUCGAAAACACCCUCAAGUCGUGGGAGGACAAGCUGAAGUUCGACAAGCCUCCUCCGCGGCCUCACCUCUACCCGCAACACUCCGUCGACCUGGCCGGCGAGGACGAGGCUGCCGCCGUGCGCUCGUGCGCCCGCGCCGCAGAGGAGCUCAUCACGCGCAUAUGCCAGGCCGCAAAGAGCAACGGACUCUUGGAGCAGGAGUUGGCCCACGCCGUCAACGCGGCGUCGCACGCCAUCAACAAAACGCAUCCCAAGUUCCCCGAGAGUUUGUCGAGGAACGCAGCGAUGGAGGUGGCCGGCACCGUCAAGGCGUUGUACAACGAGACCGAAUCGCUCCUCGUGGGUCCGAUCUCUCUGCAAUUGGAGCCGGCGGAGGAGGAGCAGCUCUCCGCCGCCCUCCAGAGUCUGGAGUCGGAACUGAGCAAAGUCGGAGAGAUUCCGUGGCUCUACCCCAUCCUGCAGCCCAAUGACGAGGAGGUGAGCAUCGCGUACAAACGAGGACCACUCGCUGACCUACGGCAAGAGGAACAGUCGCGGCGGCGGCGGCGUCUUUCGCAUUGUGCCCAAAUUCAAGAAGGAGAAGGCGGCCAAAAAGGGCAGCCCGCAGUCAGCGGAGCGAUGGGGCACGGACGAGGUGGGCGCGUGGCUGGAGCAGCUGAGUCUGGGCGAGUACCGGGACACCUUCGUCCGUCACGACAUUCGGGGCUCGGAGCUGCUGCACCUGGAGAGGCGGGACCUGAAGGAUCUGGGGAUCUCCAAAGUGGGUCACAUGAAGAGAAUCCUCCAGGGGACGAAGGACCUGGCCAAGGCCUCCACGAUUGAUCUUUAGACCGGAACGAGGACGAAAUCAAACCUUUAGUUUGGCUCCAAAGUUCAGCAGGAGGAUGUCAGGCAGCUUUUUUUUGUUUGUUUGUUUGUUUGAAAUAACAACCAAUCGUAUCGCAUAUAUCGCACACUGGUUCCGGCGAACAAGCAAACACGGCGCCCGCUUGUGGUCGGACGAGGAGCCAACGCGAUGUGUUUGCGGAACGUUCCGGGGGCGGGGCUUCCUUCCCUGCUUGAAAUUGAAUUGCGCGACUUUGCGUCUGGCGGCGAUCGUCGCUCGUCGUUCUUCUCGCUGCCAUCUUGCCACGAGCGAGCGUCUGUCCCCGCUUUCCUUUCUUAUGCGUUUGCAUGACAACUUUGUGCCACACCUUUUGGACUAUUUUAGCUUCCGAAAAUGAGCUUUUACAGGACGACGUCGUCGGGAGGCUUCCAACCUUUGCCGAGGGAUUGUUCCGUUGAGUGACGCUUUUCUGACGGGAUCACAAUCGCUGGAGUGCGCUUGAGUUGCGCAAAAUGGCCGCCAGCGUGUCCCCUCCCUGCAGAAGCACUCGUGGCAUCUGUAAAGCUGCUUCGCUUUGUCAACAUUGACCUGGUCGGACCAAGAAGGCCAAAAGAACCUUUUUUCCCCAGCGACGUCAUCCAUUCUAACGUUGACAUUUGAGAGCGUUGACCUCGCAGUUCUGAGGACCCGGGUUCGAAUCCCGGCCUAGCCUGUGUGGAGUUUGCAUGUGCCUGCGUGGCCCACGUCCCAAAAACGCGCAACAUUCAUUGGACACUCUCAAUUGCCCCCGUCUCCACGUGCCCUGCGAUUGGCCGGCGACCGGUUCAAGGCGGAGCCCGCCUCCCGCUCGACGACAGCUGGGACGGGCUCCGGCGCUCGCCGCGACCCUUGUGAGGAUGAGCGGCUAAGAAAAUGGAUGGAUGCUGUGAAAGCAAAUUUAAAUGGAAGCUGGAGAUCUCUUUUUAGCAACAAUAUGAUAUAAUGGCUAUUGGUUAAUGUAAUAAUAAAGGAGUAAGUUUUUUUUUUUUAAAUCUAUAUCUAUAUAUAUAUAUAUAUAUUUAAAACAUUCCAUUGAAUAUUUAGUCAUUGUAGAACGAGGCCUCGACGUGUUUCGCUCAGCGUUUGCGUAAGUGACCGCCUGGACGCUUCUCCUUCUGGCAAAUUCCUUUCGGGUGGAUGAUGAUGACGAUGAUGAUGAUGAUGACGACGAUGAAAGACUCACGCAAAUUAUUGUUGUUGCAAUUCAAAGGUUAGCCUGCAGAACAGGCAGGCGGCCAUCUUGUCUCGUGUUUUUGGCAUUGCGUCGCUUUCGGCAGGGACGCGUGACGACGGACACUUUUCUUCCAGCGGUGCUUCCAUCUUGACCUUCAAAUGGGUCGGCUUCGGCCAGGAUGUCGUCGGAUACGGUUGGCGAACUUCCUCUUGAAUGACAUUUGCGUUUGCCCUCACAAAGAAUCCCUGGCCCAGAACGUCCGAAACGACAGUCACGCGAGGGACACGUUCGGAUUGGACGUCCGCGAGCUCGGCUUUGUUCGGAUGAGCUUUUAGCUGGCCUUAGUUUUGCAGCGAGCAUUUGCGGCCUUGAAUCUCGGCGGACCGGAACGAGAAGAUUCCGUUCGGCCCAAAAUGGAAAGUUGACCGUUCGUUUGGAAUCGAAGGUGCAAAGAGUUGAUGGGAUUUUGUAUUUCUUGUUUACAUUGCGUUGACACUUUUCAUUUGUAGGAAGGAAGGAAGGAAGGAACAUUUAUUGCCUCAAGUAUACUCGUGCGCUCUGUUAUCUCACAUUUGGAAUGAAUGAAUGUUGUCAAGCGUAUUGCUCCAUUGAAUGACUCGGCUGAAAUAAGUUUCUUUAGAACGACGAUAAUAAUAAGAAUUCCUUAUAUGACUACUAAGUGACUGUUUGCUGUGCCUUUUUAUGGUUCAAAAAUGCACGUUUAACUUUAUUUAUUCUAUACGGAUCUGAAGUCACUGAGAUGUGUAUUUUUGUACUCCUGAUAUAAAUACUACAUGCUUGGGCUUUUUGUUGUACAGUUUGCCUUUUUUUG